CGCUACUUAGUCGCCGUGACGCCAUUCUUUUGCGACCGCGCGGGCUCGGAGCUGCUGUGCGGUGGCCUUACUCCCGCUUGAAACGGUAGAGCAGUGACUUGUUGCCUGCGGCCUCUGACCUCGGAGCGAAGGGGAAAGCGGCGAGAUGACGGACCGCUACACCAUCCACAGCCAGCUGGAGCACUUGCAGUCCAAGUACAUCGGCACGGGCCACGCCGACACCACCAAGUGGGAGUGGCUGGUGAACCAACACCGCGACUCAUACUGCUCCUACAUGGGCCACUUCGACCUUCUCAACUACUUCGCCAUUGCGGAGAAUGAGAGUAAAGCGCGAGUCCGCUUCAACUUGAUGGAGAAGAUGCUGCAGCCUUGUGGACCGCCAGCCGACAAGCCCGAGGAGAACUGAGACCGUGCCUUACCAAAGCCGUGCGCGGCGCCUCUCCCAGCGUUCCUCCUGUUUGCCAAACCCCUCGAGUAUUCCUGCCUCCAAGGGACCGGCUCUCCGUGGCUCCUGCGUCUCGCGCUUUCCGCGUAUAGAAGUACUUGCGGGGGAAGUCCCGCCUGACCCGCCUUCAUGUGGACCCUUUGGGACAGCGUUGGGAGAGCAGCAGGACCCCUGAGAACUGUGCUGGCGGAGAGGUCCUACAGCCGGCAAGCCUUUGAGAAGAGGGCGUGGCGCUGGAGUGAGAUGGGAUUUGGCGUCUCGUUUUUGGCUGAUUGUCAUUGGCUUUUUCCAUAAAGUUUAGAAAUCCUUCAA